UACCACGUUUUUUUUAUUUUUACCUUUGAGGAGAGGUUCUAUAAAAAAUCCGAAACCCUAACCUCUCAAACAAACCAUCUUCAUCUUCUUUCCACUCAUCCAAACCUAAACCCUAGAAUGCGUAUCGCUUUCUUGACCUGAAUGUGCAAUCAAACUCAUCUUAGAUCUAUGGCUCUCGUUUCUUCCGGAAAACAAUCUGAGCAGCAGCAAGAACCACCGCGACCCUCCUCUGGAAACGGCGAGGCAAGAUUGAAACUUCGGAGAACCCCUAAAGAAGAACAUGAGCCUGAGAACUAUGAAGAUCUACCUUUGGACUUUAGCCCGUCUCUGUUCAGCUCCCUUGAGCGUUACUUACCCGAGCAGAUUCUCAAUUCCACUCGAAUCGAUAAAGCUAGUUUCAUGAGAGACCUUCUUCUCCGAUACUCCCCUGACACUGAGCGAGUUCGGAUUAUGAGGCAUAACGAAUACAGGAAAAAAAUCUUGUCUUCUUACCAGCGUCUGCAUGGAGAGAUCUAUACUCUUGACCCUACAAGUUUCUUUGUGCCUUCGUUUAUUAGAGCUUUUACUCAGAAGUCGGAGCAGAGUUUUAGAAACAUGAUGGUUGAGUCCGCUCCUGGGAUUUUCACUUUUGAAAUGUUUAAGCCACAGUUUUGUGAAAUGUUACUAGCAGAGGUUGAACAUAUGGAGAAAUGGGUUUAUGAUUCAAGAUCCACAAUAAUGAGACCUAAUACGAUGAACAAUUUUGGUGUGGUUCUUGAUGAUUUUGGCUUUGAUAGGAUGCUUCAGCAGUUGGUUGAGGACUUUUUAAGUCCUAUAUCUCAAGCUCUGUUCCCAGAAUUCUGUGGAUCCGCUUUAGAUUCUCACCAUGGCUAUGUUGUUGAAUAUGGAAAAGAUAGGGAUGUUGAUCUUGCGUUCCAUGUGGAUGACUCAGAGCUUAGUUUAAAUGUCUGCUUGGGUAAACAGUUUUCCGGUGGGGAGCUGUUCUUUCGAGGUGUGAGAUGUGAUAAUCAUGUGAAUUCCGGUAGUAGUGAAAAGGAAGUUUAUGAUUACUCUCAUGUACCUGGCCAUGCCAUUCUUCAUCGUGGACGUCAUCGCCAUGGUGCUAGAGCUACGACUUCAGGACACCGAGCCAACUUGAUUUUGUGGUGUAGAAGCUCAACUUUUCGGGAGAUGAAGAAUUAUCAGAAAGAUUUUUCAAAUUGGUGCGGAGGAUGCAAACUUGAGAAAGUGAGAAGACAACGUGAGUCGGUUAUUGAAACUAAAGAGAUGCUGGCUAGGAGAGCUGCAGAGAAGACACUUGUUGAGCUGGCUUCAAAAUCAUGUGCCGACUAAACAAAACAAGGACAUGUCAAAAACCUCUUCUUUGUAUUAAAUCAUCUCAGUGGCUAUGUGUAUAGAGGCAAGUGAAACCGUUUGUUUGUAAGCAAGCAUUAGAUACCUUUGUCAAGGGUAAAUUUUUGUUCCAUUUUUCAGAUUGCUGUAACAACAAUAAAUUUCUUUA